UAGAAAAAAGUUUUAGUCUCGCAGUUUCACGCGCCACCACAAAGUCUCGCACUUCACGAGACUUCAUUCCAAAAUGGCAGCCCAAAACCAGCAGCGCGGAGGCAACAAAGGCCAGGGAGACCAGGAGAGGAAGAAGAAGGAGACGAUUCUGGACCUGUCCAAGUACCUGGACAAACCCAUCAGGGUCAAGUUUCAUGGAGGGAGGGAAGCGAGUGGAGUUUUGAAGGGGUACGACCCACUACUGAACCUGGUGUUGGACAACACAACAGAGUACCAGAGAGACCCAGACGACCCCUUUAAGCUAACAGAAGACCAGCGACAGUUGGGACUGGUCGUGUGUCGCGGGACGUCAGUGGUGCUCAUCUGUCCUCAGGACGGCAUGGAGGCCAUACCUAACCCUUUUGUACAACAGGAGGGAUAGAACUUGUUGUUUUCUACUUUGUGAAAGUCUUUUAUGUAUUGUAUACUUGUAUACUUGCAAGUCAGAUAUUUUGAAAGAGUCCCUUAUACAUUGUACUAUUUGAUAUAGUAAUGUGGGGGUAAAAUUAGGAGCAGUUUUUCUUUCAUUAUUGUUU